UGGUUCUGUAAUGUGAUUGACCUUAGUAACAUGAGCUUAAUAGUGUUCAACUCAAAUUAAUUUUCUUUCACAGCUGACGUCAGAGCUGAGACAAUGAAGUGGGCCGUUAUUGUUUGUGCCAUGGUGGCACUGUCUGAGUGCCUCAUCCAGGUCCCUCUAGAGAAGGGUAAGACAGCCAGGGAGACCCUGGAGGAGCAGGGUCUGUGGGAGCAGUACAGACUUAAGUACCCAUACAACCCUAUGGCCAAGUUUGAUGACCGCUUUGCCGUGGCCAACCAGCCCAUGACCAACGAUGCUGAUCUGAGUUACUUUGGAAAAAUUUCCAUUGGAACUCCUCCUCAGUCCUUCAAGGUCAUCUUUGACACUGGCUCGUCCACCUUUUGGGUUCCCUCAGUCUACUGCACCAGUCCAGCCUGUGAGAGCCAUAAAGAGUAUGAUCCUGCCAUGAGCAGCACCUACGUAAAAAAUGGCCAACCUCUUAGUAUCCGCUAUGGCACUGGCAGCAUGACUGGCAUUCUUGGAUAUGACACUGUGACGGUGGGUGGGCUCGCUGUAAGGAACCAGAUCUUCGGCUUGAGCAAGACAGAGGCUGACUUCAUGAAGUACUUGCGUGCUGAUGGUAUCCUGGGUCUGGCAUACAAAGGCCCGUCUGCUACUAGCGCUACACCUGUCUUUGACAACAUGAUGAGUCAGGGCCUUGUCGACCAGGACCUCUUCUCUGUGUACUUGAGCCAUAAACCUGAGAAAGGAAGUGUGGUGACCUUCGGUGGUAUUGACCCCAACCACUACUCUGGUUCCAUCAGCUGGAUUCCCCUUUCAGUGGUGCGGUUUUGGCAGAUCACAGUGGACAGUAUUACUAUCAAUGGUCAGGUUGUGGCUUGUGAUGGUGGUUGCCAGGCUAUUGUUGACACUGGCACUUCUUCGAUUGUCGGACCUCAGAGUGGCAUCAGUAAUAUCAACCAGCUAGUGGGAGCUACCUUCAACCAGCAGCAGCAGGGAUAUACGGUCAACUGUGACAACAUUGCCCAAAUGCCAGAUGUGAUCAUCCAUACCAACGGACAGGAAUUCACCCUCCCAAGCUCUGCCUAUGUUCGCCAGACUAAACACUACGGCUGCCUUUCUGGCUUUGACAGUGCAGGAAACGGCCUGUGGAUCCUGGGUGAUGUCUUCAUCAGAGAGUACUACUCCAUCUUUGACAGAGCCAAUAACAGGGUCGGUCUGGCCAAGGCUAGAUAA